AUGGACGCUGCCUUCGUCACUGAAGCAACUGACUUCAUGAAAAAGGAGCUGAAGAAGCAAAACCCUGAUAUGAAAAAAGUCGAAGACUCAAUGUUGAGAACAACUGCUGCGAGAAGAAAAAGUAUUGAGCUGGACAGCAUGAGCCUGACUGACGUCGUGGGCCUCUAUCCAGCCCUAACCCUCGAGAAGGAGAUCUUGAAUGAAUGCCGUCGCCUGACUGGUGUAUCACCUGAUGAAGCAUUACUGCGCGCACUGAGAGAAUUCAGUGAGCACAUCCUCAAUGCAGCGGCACAAAAGCGCGCAGCACAGACUACCCUUUGCUCUCUGCAGGCAGACAUGUCAGUGGACAACAGGAUUGCAAGAAACUAUGCCAAAGGAGUGGGUGCCAUCAUGGUCCUUCCAUUUCUCGUCAACGAGCGAGGGGGUGAAAUAUUCACAGAAAUGACACCAGGGAAGGAAUUCACACACCCGACACUGCUCUACACUGGUGAAAACCCCGUAUCUUCUGAGGCCAUGUGCGUCAAGUGCGAGGAUGUCUGUGUAGACGUGCUUGAUUUUACGUCAGGACUGUCGUUACUUUUUGCGAUGUACUGGGCGCACAACAUUGAAUAG